CAGAAAAGGUGGUCAAGAACUAAAACAGGCUGCCCACAGGAGUGAUGGAGUCACCAUCCUUGGAGGAAUUUGGGCCACAGAGAAGAAAAUUGAAUAUGAUGAAGAACGAAGAAACAAAUUUUAAUGUGGACAAUACCCGAGCCUCUCCCUUCUCCCUCUGCCUGCAGCCUCUCAGCCCCAUUACAAAGCCACACAGAACAACUCAAUUUGAUGAAGAAUUCAGAACACACCUCUCACAUUUCCACUAUGGUCCUCCUCCUCUUGAAAACAUGGAAACAUUCCAGGGGUCCUUGGAAGGAGGGUCUCGUAAACGCAAGAGCAUGCCAACAAAAAUGCCUCCUCCCAUCACCCUUGAGGAUUCCUCAUCAUCACCAGAUCGACCUGAGGAUCACAACGACAUAGGCUCUUCCAGUCUCCCCUUGGUAUUCCAACAGCCAGCUCAGCCCAAGUACAGUUCCCAGAUGAUUGACCUCUGCAACUUUGGUUUUCAAUUCUACAGAACUCUGGAGCAUUUUGGAUCCAAACCCAUUAAGCAAGAACCAGUGAAGCCGAACAUGGCAUGGCCCAGUAGCCCAGCAUUCAUGCAGGCUCCUUACCCUUAUUAUCCUAAAGUCCACCCUGGCUUAAUGUUUCCUUUCAUUGUACCACCAAACUUUCAUUUCAGGAACCCUUUUCAAAUGAAAAGACCUCCAGAACCACCCUUCAGAAGGACUGAAGUAAGAGAAAGUGGUGAAAACAAACAGAAAGUGGAAAGAGUAGAUGUAAACCUUCAGAUAGAUGACAGCUACUAUGUUGAUGUGGGGGGUGAGCAGAAACGCUGGCAAUGUCCCAUGUGUGAGAAGUCCUAUACAUCCAAGUACAAUUUGGUCACCCAUAUCUUGGGUCACAGUGGCAUUAAGCCACAUGCUUGCACCCGGUGUGGCAAGCUUUUCAAGCAGCUGAGUCACUUGCACACGCAUAUGUUGACACACCAGGGCACUCGGCCACAUAAGUGCCAGGUAUGCCACAAGGCUUUCACUCAAACCAGUCACCUUAAGAGACACAUGAUGCAACACAGUGACAUCAAACCUUACAACUGCAGGAUCUGUGGCAGGGGUUUUGCCUACCCCAGUGAGCUGAAAGCACAUGAGUCUAAACAUGAGAGUGGACGAGAGAACAUUUGUGUGGAGUGUGGUCUGGACUUUCCAACUCUGGCCCAGCUGAAGAGACACCUAACCACUCACCGUGGCCCUAUACAGUACAAUUGCACCGAGUGUGAUAAGACCUUCCAGUACCCAAGUCAGCUGCAAAACCACAUGAUGAAACAUAAAGACAUCCGCCCAUACAUCUGCACUGAAUGUGGCAUGGAGUUUGUGCAGCCCCACCACCUGAAGCAACACUCCCUGACUCACAAGGGUGUGAAAGAGCACAAAUGUGGAAUUUGUGGCCGGGAAUUUACUCUUCUGGCCAAUAUGAAGCGACAUGUCCUGAUCCACACCAAUAUCAGAGCCUAUCAAUGCCAUUUGUGCUUCAAGAGCUUUGUGCAAAAGCAGACUCUCAAGGCUCACAUGAUUGUUCACUCUGAUGUCAAACCCUUUAAAUGCAAGCUGUGUGGAAAGGAGUUUAACAGAAUGCACAAUUUAAUGGGACACAUGCACUUGCACUCAGACAGUAAGCCGUUUAAGUGCCUCUACUGUCCCAGCAAAUUCACCUUGAAGGGGAACCUAACCAGGCAUAUGAAAGUCAAACAUGGGGUCAUGGAAAGAGGAUUUCACUCUCAAGGUUUUGGAAGAGGAAGGAUUGCUCUGUCCCAGACAAAUGUCUUGAGAAGCUUGGAACAGGAAGAGCCAUUUGAUCUUUCCCAGAAAAGCCAAGGGAAGGGAAUCUCAUUUCAUUCUGACGGUGAGAGUGCCAAGGGAAGCUCAUGUCAGGAAGAAGAGGAAGACAACUGCUAUGAGGCAGAGCGAUACAGCCCUGCCAUGUACCACCAUGACGACAGCAAGCUGUACAUGGCUCAAGACCUCUCUGGCAAACCUGAAUGCAUGAUGAAGGACUUCAGAGAGUCCUACUGCAAUGAGAAGGAAGAGGUGUUAAGUGAGGGAGGACUGGGGAAGAGAAUAGGAAAUUCAGACAAAGAGGAGAGAUGUGGAGAGGGAGAGCUUGCAAACAACAAAGAACAUCUCAGCUUUAGAUCCUUUGAAAAGGCCAGACUUGGUCACUCUCUAUCUGAUUACUUGUAUUUCAAGCACAGGAACAAGAGUUUGAAAGAAUUGCUGGAAAGAAAAAUGGAAAAACAAACAAUGCUUAUAGGCAUUUAAAAUGGACAUUUUGAAAUAGCUGGAAAAUGGUAGCCAGAUAGAUUUUAACAUGAAUUGUAAGCUACUAAAGCCUGGAAGUCUGUAGUAAUAUUUAGAAAUAAAUAAGCCAAAUUAUUAAAAAUAAUUUAGGGUAAAACACAUAAUUACAAGAAUAAAGCAGCUUAAGGUCACAAAGAAAUGCAAUAGAUAUUGAAAAAUAACACUUAUAUUUAUCCAUUUAAUGUAUAACAGACAAUGGGUUGGGUACAGAAGUUUACUUCCUAUUACAUGGGGAUAGAUACUUACAUGCAAUUUUCUUAGCAGAAAGCAUCUCAUUUAUUAUCUGACUAAAUAUAUAUGAACACUUCUAACCAUAUGCCUCAAAAAUAUCUGAAAAUAAAAAGUAUUUCACAUUAUAAGGCAGAGUACUAUUAAGCAUGGCAUGCAUGAAAAUGCUGUCAACAUUCAGAACUAACAUAGUCCAAAUAAUUUGAUUUACUGAAGUGACUCUUAGUGAAACUACUUAAAAUGGGAAAUGUGAAACAAAAUAAUAAGAAAAACUAAUGUCUUGGGAGGCAGUAAAGGACAGUUCUUUAAGGCUUUGAAAAGACUGGAAUUUAUUACAAAAGCUAGUUCUCUGGCACAAAGAAUGUUUGUGCUUUUCUGUGUUUCAGCCAGUAUAGGAGUAUUCAAAAGUUCUUGAAGUGAAAUAGCAUAGAUUGUGUUGGCAUUUUGUUCUACUGCCUGCUUAGACCAAUACAUAUACUGGGCAGCAUCAGCAUGCAGCAUUCAUAUAACACAGUAUGAGUCAUUUAAUUGAAAAAAUAAUGUAGCUUUGCCAUUUAUCUCUUCAGUUUAUCAUGACUACUAAGGAUAAUUUUGGAUAACACUGAUCUGGUCAAUUUUUGUUUCAGAAGAUAAAAAUCACCCUUAUAGAACAAGCAGUACCUCACAGAGGAAAACCUUCCUCUUAUUAAAGUCAGAAAACUUCUCUUAUUAAAAAUUUCUUGAGCAGUAAGCUGCAGGCCUUUCAGACAAAUUUCACUCAUGCUGUUUUUACAGAGUCAGACUCAGUUUUUCAUCCUCUGAUUCCCAUACAGUUAUAAGUUUAUAACAAACAUGAGAAAAGCAUAUUCCAUUAAACUUUUCAUUAAUUGCAUGAAUACUUUGAACAGCAUAUUAGUUCCUGCAUCUUCAAGAAAGAUGAAAAGCAGCCCUGCAUCAUGCUAUUGCUUACAUGGAAAUAAAAAUCUAAUUAAUCAUAAAAUUUGUUCUAUGACCUUUGGACAUCCCAACUCUAAAGGCUAAAAUCCUUAUAUGUGGUACAUCUCUUCUAAAUAUUACUGCCUUCUUCACUUACCUGCCAAGUUCUUGAUUUGAAAUGCAAUCAAAUCAUGUUCUCUAUAUAGCGAGUUAUAAUUAAAUACAGUCAUCUACUUUUACGGCUUACUGAGACAAGUCAUAUAGCUGCAGCUUUCUGCCCCUAUAAGAAAACACACACCUCUCAAAUUAAUGAUCCUCAUGUCUACCAGUUAAUGAUCCUCAUGUCUACCAGUUAGGCAGCAUUCACAAGGCAAAGUCCUUAUUCCUCACAUAAAACUGGGUUUUUGUAAUCCAAAGUUACAGGCAGUGUUUUCCUUUUUCAAGGCUCAAAUAUGGCGUAACAUAUGCAGAAAUUCAUGCAGAAAAAGCUGUUGUUAAAAGAAAGAGUAACAUCCAGGUGACUCUUCUAAAUUAAUUCCAUGUCUGAUGUGCAUAUUUUUUAAAAUAAAAAUGUUAUGCAAAAUUGAACUGGAAGGUAGGUCACUUCAGAAUUUAAAAAGUCUUUGAGGUGUAUUUUAGAGGUACAUGGACAUGUUUCUUCAGGAAUUAACUGUUCUAUCAUAAACAUUCCUCUUCCUUGCUUUAGCUGUAAGAUGAUGCCUAUUGAAAAAGGAGCCAUCUUUCUUUCAAGGAAGGCAUUGUGAUCAAGCAAAAAAGUUAGGAAAUUUUUAGAAUAACGAGUGUAACUGUAUUAUUUCUUAGACUAUAGGGGAAAUGAUCAGGUAGAAGUUCAGCAUGGUCUAGUAGAUGAUCCCUCAGAAAUGGGAGCAACUCCUUCAGUUAACUUCUUGGCACUAACAUGUCUCUGCCAGACAAAAGCUCCCAUUUGAGCAUGUAUACAGCCAAGAGCUGAGAGUUGCUAACUCUUAGAAUUGUCUCCCUCUUGGUGGUAUAGUUUCCAGCUGUGCAUGGUUCAAUAUCAGUCCACUCCACCUUUCCAGAUAUAUUAGUUGACAUGGUGAGAAGAACAAGCAAGGAUUCAGGAAUCUUUUCGCAAUUUCUAGAAAGGCAAUCAUGCAGGUGAGUGGAAUUUAGCAAGUCCUUCACUCCUGUGAUGUAUAAAGCAGGAAAGUAUACAGCCCUUCCAUUGCAGAGUCUUGUUUAUUAAUUGGAGUGUGCUAUGGGACAGACAAUCCUUCCCAAGAAAGAAACAAAAAUAUUACAUAUCAAUUGCAGUCCAGACAAAAGGAGCAAAGGAGAUGUUUUCAGCAGAGUUUAGCUCCCAGCACUAAUAUCAAAGGUUGUAUUCUAUCUGGGCUUCAGCAAAGCCUUUGAUACUAUCUCCCAUGGCAUUCUCCUUGAAAAGCUGGCAGCUCAAGGCUUGGGCAGAUGAACUCUUUGCUUGGGUAAAAAUGUGGCUGUAUGGCCAUGCCCAGACAAUGGUGAUUAAUGGAGUUAACUGCAGUCGGCAGACAGCCACCAGUGGUGUUCCCCAAGAGUCAGUACUGGGCCCAGCCCUGUUUAAUAUCUUUAUUAGCCAUCUGGAUGAGGGAAUGGGGAGCCCCUUCAGUCACUUUGCAGAUGACACCGAGCUGCAAAGUGGGAGUGCCAAUCUGCUGGAGGGCAGGAAUACUCUGCAGAGGGAUCUGGACAGGCUGGAUCAUGGGCUGAGGCCAAUGGUGUG